CAGCACUCUAGCCAGCCCGCCGCCCGCGAGGACCCACAGCCAAGAUGGCGGCGUCCGCCAUGCAGGCGCGCCGUCUCCUGCGGUUCUCCGUGGCUGUGGGGCCCAGAUCCUGUAACUACCGUGCGCCGCCACCCCCGCGCCGCCACCCCGAGCCCCAUUGGCCAGACCCGGAGAACCCGCUGAGCCCACGAUGGCAACUAGGGCCGCGGUACGCGGCCAAGCAGUUCGCGCGUUACGGCGCCAAGUCCGGGGUGGCCCCCGCCUCCCUGUGGCCGUCCCCGGAGCAGCUGCGCGAGUUGGAGGCGGAGGAGCGAGAAUGGUACCCGAGUUUAGCGACCAUGCAAGAGUCGCUGCGCACACAGCAGCAGGCCGAGGAGGCAAAGCGUCGUGCCAGGGAGCAGCACAUCUCAGAGUGCAUGGCCAAGAUGCCACAAAUGAUUGAGAACUGGCGACGGCAGAAGCGGGAACGCUGGGAGAAAGCUCAGGCUGAUAAGGAGCGGAGGGCCCGGCUACAGGCUGAGGCCCAGGAGCGCCUGGGUUACCACGUGGACCCAAGGAGUGCCCGCUUCCAGGAACUGUUACAGGACCUAGACAAGCAGCAGCGCAAGCGCCUCAAGGAGGAGAAACAGCGGCAGAAGAAGGAGGCACGAGCUGCUGCAAUGGCCUCUGCCGAAGCCCAGGACCCAGAAGUGUCUGGGGAGCCCAGUUCCUGAAAGCCCCUUUCCCAAUAAAACCUGCUGCUGACAGCUCUGUGCUAUA